CACAUGGCUUCACUUGCUUCAAGGAUAAUUUGCACAAUGAGAGGACACACACAAAAUGUAAUCUAACCCUAAGGCUCUGGAAGAGUUCACGCUUGAGAUAAAGUGCAUAACAACACAAAGGAAAGCUCUGUCCAGCCUCUGCCUUGGGUAUUAUCAAUCAGCAUAGAAGAAUCUGGCAAUAAUUUUACAAGGAUUUGUGUAUCCAUCACCACAGAAGCAAGAAAUAUAUAAAGGACACCACCACAGAAGACCUGAACAAUGGGUAUGUUGACACAGCUAUCCAUUCUAGCAUUACUGUGCAUAGCAAACCUCCUCUGCCAAGAUCACUAUGAGUUUGAUCCAGAAUAUGGUGGUUCUCCAGAAGAAUAUCAACAUCAGGGAUAUUCAGAACACUACUAUGAUAUUGGUCAUGAGGAUGAAGAAGCUCCAGAUUAUGACCAAGGUCCAGAAUAUGACCAUGGCCCGGAAUCAGAACACUCAGAAGAGGCUCCAGUUGUUCAUUUACCAACUUUUCAGUAUGCACUCACCAGUGAAUAUAUGACCAUAGACUUCCCAUACCCAAGUGACUGCGCCUUUGAAUGCAAUUGCCCAUAUAACAUUCCUUACGCCAUGUUUUGUAACAGCCGUAACAUCAAGGCAAUUCCAAGAAUUCCAGCACACAUCCGGUACCUGUAUCUUCAGUUCAAUAAUAUUGAAGCUGUGCCAGCCAAAGCAUUUCUCAAUGCCACCAAUCUCCGAGAGAUCAACCUCAGUCAUAACAAUUUAAAGUCAUCUAUGAUCGAAGCGGGUGCAUUUUCCAAACUAAAAUUCCUUAAGCAUCUGCACUUGCAAUACAACAAGUUAGAUGAAUUUCCAAUGGGUCUUCCUACUUCUCUUGAAAGACUUUUUCUUGGUUUCAAUAAAAUAUCCAAGGUAUCAAGAGACAGCAUGCAAGGGCUUGUAAACAUAACUAUGCUUGAUCUUUGUGGUAAUGAACUUAGUGAUGCUGCCUUUAAAGGAAAAACUCUUUCAAGACUAAAGAAUCUCAUGCAGCUCAAUUUAUGUAGUAAUCAGAUAAAAUCCCUGAAUAUGGAGCUUCCACACUCUCUCCUAUACCUCUCAUUGGAGAACAAUUCAAUUGCUUCUGUUGCAGAAGAUUACUUUAUGAAAACGCCAAAUCUCACGAUUUUGAGACUUUCACGCAAUAAGUUAGAAGAGGUUCCUUUCAAAGCCUUCAACCUAAGCAACUUGUUAGAGCUGAACCUGGACCGUAACAAACUGAGGAAGAUAUUUUACAUACCAAGCAGCCUACAGCAUUUAUUGCUCCAGUACAACGAAAUUGAAAGUAUUGAUGAUACUUUACUCUGCCCAGUAACAGAAACAAGAUAUCAGGGACACCUAACAUAUCUCCGCCUUGACCAAAACAAAUUAAGGAGGAGUCCAUCAGGAUUAUUUCUACACCGCUGCUUUCCAUUUCUUCACAAUAUCUUCAUUGGGGAACAGAGAAUUGUCAUCACAGAAAGACCUCCACCUGUGAUUCGCAUAGUUACAGAAAUUUUCAAAUUUACUCGAGCUCCAGAAAUCCGGAUAAUACAAGAAGAAUUUACAGUUACAAACAUAGUAGACUAUUAAAACACUGAUUUCUUUUUGGAUAAAAAAGUCCUGCUCCUGCACAGACAUUUGUAAGCUGACAAAAUGAAGAGCAUUUACAAGCAUUUACUUAAGAAAUAUUAAUCUGCAGUAAACUGCACAUUCUGAAACAAAAUGUAUGUUUAUUUCACUGUUUUAAAGAGAAGCAGCUAGUAUUAACUCCACAACAAAAUAUUAGAUAUCAGUUCAUAGCUGGUUUAACAAAAUGUGUGCAUCUAAAUAUACAGGCAUAUGUGUGUGUGUGUGUGUGUGCGCGCAUUUCAGUGUAUGACAUAAUAAUUGACCAAAAUUAAUCAAAGCCCUUCCUUUCAAUAAAAAAAAAAACACUAAACCAUAAUCUUUGAAAAAGCACAAGCAAGACAGCAAACCAAAAGAACAGCUCCAACCGAAGCUUUAAAUAGCUGCGAGAAAACGGACCAAGUAAUGCUUUCUACUCCUGUCUUUCUUUUCUUGACUUCUAUAUCCAAACGUACACAGCAGUGUGUUACUUCAAUAACAAAAAUGUUUUAUUAAGCGAUACCAUCUCCAGUGAAAUUUGGUUAGUUAAAACAACAAAGAUAAACGCUUUUCGUUUUCAAAAUUGCGAAAACUUUUUCAAGCAGCUUAAUCUCCGCCCCUUCUUUCUUUUUAUACCAUUCAUGUCAUCACAUAACAUUAAAGUUACAAUACAACUUAAAUCAAAAUAACCCUUUGGAGUUCUAAAAAGUUAUUUUUAAAAAUAAGAAAAGAUAAAACAAAAUGAAAUAAAAUAGGCCAAAGUCUUUGCAAUACAUUCAUUCAUCAUCUAAAACCUUUUAAAACAUUUUAGACUUUGCCAUCACUUAAUCAUGUUGUACAGUCUCUAACCAUUCAGUCCCUAUACUUGUAUAGAUAUGUUCUCUCCAUUCCAUAGUUGCGCUUUGCACCUCGCAUGAUUUUAUUUAUGCUGCGAUAACUUCUGUAAAGCGCUUAAACUAUGUAAUUUUGUUUCUUAAAAAAAAAAAAAAACAUAUAGAUAUAUAUAUAUAUAUAUAUAUAUAUACACAUAUAGGAGUGCUGUACCCUAUCUACUACAUUAAACUACAUAGUGUUCCCCCUUAACAUAUUAAUAAAAACCUUAUUAAAGGUUUAACAUGUGUAUUGCACUAAGUUAAUGUACGUUAAAAAAUACUAUUCAUAUUUUAAUAAUAACCACUCUUCUACACUUUCUUACCCUUAAACCUAUUACACAUUGUUAAACAUAAACUCUGACAUAUGUGAAUACAUAGUUAUACCAAAAAAUACAUUGUGUUAAUACACUGAGUGGUCUAUAUCUAAUUUAACCAUUUUGAUCUUCUUAUGACAGAGCUCUGAAUUAUCGGUAGUAAUACGUCUUAAGCUACUGUUCAUUGGUACACUCAAUGUACCAAAUGAAGUGUUGUAUUCAAACAACGUAAAUUACCGAACACUAGUUAUAAAAAAUCUAUUCUUAGCUUAUACUUGCCCAACUUGUUGGAAGUUAGUUCUAUGUAAGCUAAGAAUGUGAAUUACAAUUUUCUGUACCUACUCACCUACCAUUGUGAUACGAUACUUGAUUCUAAUAAAAUUUGUAUCAAAAAGGUACCCCAAUGUAUGUAUAUAUUGCGUUACCAUUAAUCAGUGUCUUGGGUCGAUUUCACUCAUACUUGUGGAUAAGAUAAUGUAACCAAUGUCAAUAACUUCUAUCUAAAUUCUUUAGCCUUAGAAUACAUAGAAUCGAGGACAUCUCAUUAAUCCCAGGAUAGGCACAUGCAUUCGUAGUCAACUGCCACAUUAGUUCUAAUCUUUCUAAUAAAAGGCUGUCUGGCCCACCGCUUUCAUCUAUUUUUAUUUGAUCAAUGACUCAAAACUUAAACUUGUGUUCUGGAUAUUCUGUUGUAUGCCUUGCCAGUGAGUUGUCAAGUUUGUUGUACUUUACACUAUAUAGGUGUUCGUACAUUCUUUCUUUGAGUGUCCGUAUAGUUUUACCUAUAUAAAACGCCUAACAUUGUUGACAUUUGGCUAGGUAUACUAUCAUUCUAGAUUGGCAGUUGUACUUAAUUUUGGUAUUGUAUUUAAUAUUACGAAUACUAAAUGUCCGUCCAAUAUCUAUGUACUUGCAAAAGUUACACAUCAAAAUUUUGUCAUCCCCGGGUUCUUUAUUAUUUUAUUAACUUGAUGUUCAAAAAUAGUUUUCAUGUUUCUACCUUUUUUGACAAUUAGUUUAGGAAAUUCUGUAAGUUUUUUCCUUACAUUUGGGUCAUUUUCCAAAAUUUCCCAAUUCUUAUAAAUGACUUUCCUUAAUUCUUCUGCAUUAAUGCUAUAUCGGGUAAUAAAACUAUAGCUAAUGUGACUACACUCUCCUUGAUUGUUGCUGUUUAUCAGUACUUCAUGAUUUCUCUCAUUAUUUGUAUUUUCAAAAUCGAGGAUAGGUUUAUAUAUUCCUCUCUUUCUCUUAAUGUUGAUUUCAUUAGUUAAGUCAUAAAUUAAAUAAUGAGGAUACCCUCUACUCUGAAACAUCUUGUCUAACCUAUAGCAUUCAGUUUGAAAGUCUGUGUCAAGGGUUACCAUUCUCGCAGCUCUUACCAGCUGUCCCUUCACCACUGAUCUUUUUUGUAGAAUGGAUGACAGCUGGUAAAGUGCAAAAGGCUGUUGGAAUAGGUCUCCUUUCUAAAAAUAGUGCUAACAUAACUAUUAUGUGCACUAUCCUUCCUUAAUUCUAUGUCCAAGAAGGUAAUCCUGUCUUCACUGUAAUUCGAAGUGAACUUCAGAAAUUUAGUAGUGUUGUUAAAGUAAUGAAUUAAUUCUUUGGAUGUAUUUUCAUCAUCUUUUAUUAUGACAAAAAUGUCAUCCAGAAAUCUUGUAUAAUAAUAGAACAUAUCUUUAAUAUGUGUUUGAUUCACAAUAUGUUCAUCAUCCCAUUGGGCCAUAACUAGAUUUGCAAAACUUGCUCCUAGUGGGGAGCCCAUUGCAACUCUUAUUUUUUGCAGGUAAAGGGCAUUAUCAAAUGUAAUAAAGUUGUUGGACAAAACUAUGUCCAACAAUUCCUCCACUAGGUUGAGUUCACUGCGUGCCAUUCCUAAAUUAUUUAAUUUUCUAGAGGCCCAUUCAAUCCCUUCUAGGUGAGGGAUGCAAGUGUACAAGUCCUUUACAUCAAUUGUCAUGAAGUUAAAUUGUUCCUUGUAUUCAAGCUGGUUGAUGUCUUUCAAAAAGGACCACGGAUUUUUGCAAAUUUGACUUUCAAACUUUAUGUACUUUUUCAAUAAAGAGUCCACUACUUUAGCAAAACUGUAAGUAAUGCUGUUACGUGCAUCUACUCGUGGUCUCAUUGGGGGAUUUUCUAUAUUUUUGUGAAGGCGCACCAAAUAAUAGUGGAAUUUUUGGUGUUAACAUAGUCAUCCAAAUCUAUUUUCACUUCUGUAAACAAGUCACUAAUAUAUAUUUUUAUUCUGGCAUAAGCAGUGUUCAAUUCAUUCCCUCGAGACACUAACACUAAACCACAAUCUUUGAAAAAGCACAAGCAAGAGAGCACACAACCACAUGAACAGAAUACAAACAGCUGCAUACAUUAGCCACAUACCCAUCAAAAAACUAAAAAUGUAAAAUCAAAACUUAUAACUGACAACUCAGCGCUGGCAGCUCUGUAAAAUAAUUAAACACAGAAAAUACAUUUUCUUUCUAUUUUGCCUUUUUCAAACAAAGGUGGGCCUGUCACAUGGAAAUGUAAUGUCUUCAUUAUCGGAGGUAAAUAAAAAAAUGCCACAAUAAGUGUUUACAUGGGGAGGGGGAGACGGGGACUGUCUCUCUCUAUCCCAAUCCUCACACAGGUAACUAUACAGGUUCUCAAUAAAAUGUGAAAUCAACCAGUUUUUUUCUUCAAUUUGUUUUUAGCCUGCAUGCCUACUGACUAUCAAGCUUCCCCUUACUGACCUUGAGGCCAUUCAUUUCACAGUAUUGUGUAUCCUUAACAUAAAAGUGAGAACCAAAUGGCAAGGCUAUCAUUCAGGAAGGGGUACAGUGGUUCGUUUUCUUCCAAACUAUGAACAUGCUAGCUAUUAACUAACAGUUCUACAAUGAUUUGUGUAUUGCAGUUAAGCCUAAUAAUUACCUCUUGCCGCAUCAGUGAAGCAAUUACAUACUGCCAGCACUUUAAUAUUACUGCAGGAGAUUGGGAGGCAUGGCACAGAUUUUAGCUUUGAAAGUUUAUUUAUUUAUUUAUUUGUUUACAAUUUGUCAACCAGGUAAAUGAGCUUGUCAACUGACCCUUUUCAGUCAUGUCUCAGAUUUAGUAAGGAUGGUAUAAAAUUGCAUUUAAACGAAUCAUACAAUGAUACAAGCAGGGCUAAUAAAAGUAAAACAGUGUUAGCAUAUACAUACAAGGUGACUGACAGCAUACCACAUGAUAAUGGCAGUUGGUGCAGAAGGUUAAGGGUGUGAGCUGUAGCUCACCUUGUACACUGAUUCCCACAGCCCUCACUUGCCUGCCCUAUUAACUUGAGCAAGUCACUUAACCCGUCAUUGCUACCUGUCACCCCUGAAAAAACGUGCGUGUGUAAGUAGAUCUACCUGGUUAACAAAUGGGUAAAUGGAAUCAUAAAUAACCUAAAGGCCAUAAACACCGAUCCUGAUGUUGUGAGAUGGAUAUCUGACAGGCUGAAGGACAGAAUGCAUGUUGUCUGAGGGGAUGAUGCCGCCUCAGUCAGAGAAAAAGUGACCAGUGGUGUCUCUCAGGGCUCUGUGUAGGGUGCUCUCCAAUCAGUAUUUAUUUCUCAGAUCUCAAAACAGAGUAUCGUGAUCUCUGACUGACCAAGUUUGCUGACAAUUGCAAGUUUGGUGCAACUGCCAAAAUCCCCUGUACAUACUCAGACACUUCAAAAUGAGCAAACAUGAAUCAUCACUUGGUGCACAGAAAAAAAAAGGACAAACUAAAUGCCAAGGAAUGUAAUAUCACCCUCUUUGGGAAACAAAAGUACACUGCAACUUGCUGCAUUGAAAACACCCUAUGAUUAUUUGAAUCAAUGAUUAGAAAUCUAAGGACAUGGGUCAGUGUCUAUCUUCAAACCAUCAUGUGAGAAAUGUAAUUAGAAAGUCCUUACAUAUUAUCCAACUAAUUGUCAAGGACAUCUCCUCUAAAAUGAAGGAAGCCAUAGUUUACAUAUAUUCUGGCCUAGUAAGACCCAAUAUAGAAAAUAAUGUGCCUUUUGGUGUGUAUAUUGCUAAACACACUGAAAAACUAGAAAGGCUUCAGAGGUUUCUAACCAAGAAGAUCUCCAGUCUCAAAUAUCUCAGCAACCAGGAGAGACUGGAGUCAGUGACUCACUGCUCUAUAUCAUACAGGCUCCUCAAGUGGGAUCUAGGCCUCUCCUACAGAGCCUUCAGGGAGUCAAUUACUCUAGAACAUUUUUUCUUGACAAGUCUAAUAGUACAGCCAAUAACAGAACCAGAGACCUCAACCUACAUUAGGAAAUAAAUUGAACCAGAUGGAGAUAGAGUUAUGUGGAAUAGGCUCCCUUUCCAUGUCAAACAUUGCGACUCCUUGACAUCCUUCAAAUAUAGCUUGGACAACUGGAUGGGUUCCCUUAAAUCUAACCCAGGGUUUACAGGCCUUACUCUUCUGGCAGAGAGUGAACAUGGCCUUUGAUCUACCUGCCUUGCGUAUCUUACAAUCCUAAGGUUUUUUUGGUUUUUUCCCAUCUUCCAAAGACAUGUUUGCAGGUAGACUAGCAAUGAUAAAUUAGUCCUAAGUAGUUUUGUUCCCCACAUUCAAAUGACACCCCUAACUUGACUGAGUUCUUGCCUAGCAACCAUUCUUUGCUGGUUAACUCUUCUCUAUUCCUGAACUACAUAAAAUUUGGAAAAUAUUAUAGACACACAUUUUACAUAUAUUAAAAUUAUACACACACAAGUAUAUAUGUGUAUAUAAUAUAUAUUAUUGACUCAGAUAAAACAUUUUCACAAACAAUGCCACAUAUACUCUUGAAGGAAAAGGAAAACUGAAAGACAAACUGCAAAUACAAGCAGACAUACUGAAAUACUAGAGUAUAGUUUUAACAUUAUUAAUGCGUUCCUGCUAUAAAACAAAGAAUAUUCAGCUCUGUUACUGAUCUUUUUCCCCUUCAAAAAUACAGCUAAAAGUUAAAGGAAAUUUAAAUCCAUUUUCUACACUAUACAGCUUGUCUGUAUUUAGUUUGAAUACUGGUGGGUUUCUCAUAGUUCAAAAAAGCAUGUAUGUUACUUAACAGAGGCUGUAUUUACAAUAAUUAAUAGACAAGAGUAACUCCCAUCUACAUAGUGUCACUGUGAGCAUAAAAGUCAAGUGAAUUUUCAGAAAAGGCAACUUAUUUAACGGUCUUAAACUUUAUAUGUACUGCAGCUUAACAGCAGUCACAAAAAAAAAUUUAUGAAGAUGGAGAGAAAUUAUUCCCCAUGCUUAUUGUAAGAGGAGUUAGAAUCUCCAAAGCCAGAGUUCUACAGAGAAUGAAAGUAUGUUUGCUUUCCUAAGUUUGGAGUGGCCAAUUAGAAAGAAGAAACAGUGAUGUAUUUGACUGAAACAAAUGAAAUGAUAUCGUAAUUAUUGUUAAUCAUGAAAUUUACAAAAUACUUUUACUGAAAUGGAGAAAUACUUAGUUUUCAUAUAUUUUCACAGACUGCAUGUAUGGAUUAUGCAAAAUGGCUAAAGCAUCUCAAAAAUGUUUUAGAAAGAUGCAAAAGUUUUUUUUUUGUAUGUAUUACACAUAUGACUGAACUUUUCUAUCAGUUAUAUACUGUACUGUUUUCACAGCAGGGGACAAAACACUAACACUGUUAUUAAUGAAUAUUUUCAUUCAUAUUAAAUAAAUGAAAACCUGUGCUACACAAGGAGUGACAUCUUA